CUCCCAGCGCCUGUUGACGUUUUUUUUAUGCACUCUGCGUUAUGAAAUACGUUAUGAAAUAUAUUUUUUUUUCUCCCCAAUCCUCCUGAUUAUAAUUUAACCAGUACGGACUCAAACGAAGCAUUGAUGACAUUGCUCCGGUGUGGCCGUGGAAUGGGCGUGACAGCUACACAAUAACAACAACAACAACAACAACAACCACCACCACCACCACAGCAACGGCUCUGCUUCCGGUUUCUGGAUCUAGCUGUCAGACUCCAGCAUCUCUCUCUAACGCGGAAUCGCAUCGUCAGCAGAUUUAACUCUAUGCUUUGUACAUUUAGUUACCUGCUAUCGGUUAAUUUUUACACUUUGCAGCGGUUUUUGGAGCUGGAGAUACCACGGCUGGAGUCGCUCGGCUGUCGGACAGAGUUAGCUUCCACCACGCUUUAGUAUGAGCGAAGGAGAGGUGUUUCAUGAGAAGCAGAGACUGGAGCUGUGCGCGAUUCAUGCCCUGAACAACGUGCUGCAGGAGCGGGUCUUCACCAAGGAGACGGCCGACGAAAUCUGCAAACGGCUGGCUCCUCAGUGUGUGGUGAACCCUCAUCGCUCAGUGUUGGGUACGGGAAACUAUGAUGUCAACGUCAUCAUGGCAGCACUACAGAGCAGAGAGCUGGCUGCAGUGUGGUGGGACAAACGCAGAACGGUACAGAACCUUUGCAUGUCCAAGGUGCACGGCUUCAUACUUAAUGUUCCGUCACGCGUGUCGCUUGGGAUCGUGUCGCUCCCCCUCAGACGGCGGCACUGGCUCGCAGUGCGGCAAGUCAACGGGCAGUACUACAACCUGGACUCCAAACUGAAGAGUCCCGUCUGCAUUGGCGGAGAAGCAGAACUACGUACAUUUCUCACUGAACAGCUUUCUCAGGACGUGGCAGAGAUGCUGCUGGUUGUCCGUCGGGAGGUAGAGGAGGACGGCUCGUGGCUGAACCCUGACAGCUCCAGCAAGUGACACACCUUGGAACAGGACAAACCUUUACAUAGCAUGGAAAACUCGCUCUGGGAAAAAAAAAAAAAAGACUCGCAUUUUUUUAAAACAGACACCUCUUUACAGAGAAUUCUUCAGGGAAUGCACUACAAAUUCAUAAAAUAUCAACACAGAAACACACAGAGGAAAUUCCAAAGAGAAGCAAAGACGAGGUGGUACUCCUGACAUGAAGAGCUGCUUUGGUUGUAACGGUUACCGCGGUAACUGUUAGGCCGUGGUUCUGAUAUAACCCGUGUGGCUUGCACCUGGAUUGUCUGCCCUGCUCUUGAUACAUUUGUUUAAUAAUGGGGAGGCGCAGCUAAGCUAACAGAGUUGCAAGCAUAAGUGUUAUUUUUGGGCUAGUUUGAUGAUGCUUGACUUGUGACAUGCAACUGAACUUUCACUUUUUUGUAACGGGAAAAUUAGAAAAACCUCUUUGUGCAUGAAACACCAUCUGUAGUGAUGAUAAAUGGCCUACUUUGCUUUAACACCAUCAGACUACACAUUAAGAGAGAAUGGUUCAAUAGUAUUUUGCCACGGAAGAUGGACUCACUUUUAUGAUCCAAGCGCAGAAAUUCAAUCACAAUGUAUGAGUUGGUUAUUUCGGAAUUUGACAAAAAGCGCCUGAAUUCACCGCCUGUCUCCCCAUCUUUGUCGCUCCUCCUCUAUGCACUGCAGAGUUAGACUUGUUUGAGCUGGUUGUCGUGUUCCUACAGGCGCAAAGGUACUGUGAAGGCACUGGCUGCUGGGGCGUUAACUCAACGUUAAUACCUUGUAUGUUUUAAUUUUGUCCAUCUGUCUUUGCCAUUGAUCUAUGCAUAUCCAAGUGAACAGGAGCACUGUCUCUGGUGUACACUAGUGACUAACUUACACAUAAUGAAGGUUAUUUAUAUUAAACACUCUUGUUUUAAAUCUCUA